GCGGACGUAAAUUCGAAUUUUAACUCUGCUGUCGAAGAAAGUCUUUUGGAAUUAGAGCGGCAGGGAAUGUCGCGUGUAUUACGCAAUCAGAAUUUGAAAGCCAUUUCUACACUGGCAUCAGGACAAGAUUUGCUCGCAUUGCUAAAAUCUACACCUCUUUUACCUCAUGCCAAAAUGCUGCUUGUUCUAACACGUCUUUUUCGCUGACGGGUAGAUUAUGCUCUGGACGGUUCUAUGUUUUGACUGAGCAAAUGUGAUUUUAGCCGCUUGUUUCACACUGACAGGUCAUGACACGCUUAUCGCCGGAUUUUCUGUGGUUUUUGAAUUUCUGGUCGGCAUAAUUUCCUUCUGAUGCAAGAGAAUUUUACUUCACCUCUUUUGAAGCAUAAAGCUCUUUAUUGUGGCUAAAUAAGGCUUUUAGGUUCUUUAUUUUUGUCCAAAGUGCCUCAGGGUCUGAAUAAUAAACUUAGCGAUUUUCUUUGUAGUCCGUGAAUGUGAUGUUUUCCAGACCAAUCUACAGUCCGGUCCAGUCCAGCAUUUACAUUAUUAUAUGCAAUAUAUUACCGGUAUUUUAAGCUACUAAAGCUAUCUCACGACAGAUUCUUCUCCUCGUCGCCGAGGCAUUAACAGGAGCCUGAGGUAUGUGCCACUGUUUUAGACGUCCUUACUUAUGUCUUUUCGGGUAUCCUAGACACUAAAACUUCCACACGGCAUCUCAUACGUAAGAUGAGGGUUUGGCUAAUUUUAAGAGUUAGAGACGUCACAUGGCUGAAAUUUGUAGCGAAUAAGACUCCGCUUCGAUUUGAGGCAUAUAUAGGCGAUCGUGUAUUCCUUACGUUUCUGAUGUCAUUUAGUUAGUUGUGACCAUUAUUUUUAGAAAAUACAUGUAGUUAAUGUUUCUCACAGAAUAGCCACACCAUACCACGUCAUAAUAUGUAAUUACCGGUCAUUGUUUUACCUCAAAUAUACUUCUGUAAAUCAGUUCGUGAUAUCUCAAUGAACCUGAGAAAGAAUGGUAUUGGCCAGUCGAAAUAUCGCAACUAAACUCUAUUUCACGUCCUUUGAUCAGUCACGGCAAAAGUCUUCUUGACUGCAACGUUUUCUACAGAAUGACUUCACUUGUACGCAAUUUAAAAUUCCGCCUACCCUGACCUAUCUGCUAAGACGCAAAGACUCUAAGGCGAAUUCGUAGUCUUUAAAUGGUUGGUUGAUUAGAAAAUUACGUAACUAAAUGUUAAAAAAAUGUGAUAUAUUUUAAUACUAAACUUUUGCUUCACUAGAAGGGGAAAAGUGGAUCCCUUCUGAUCAUUUUCCUCGAAUUUUGCUGCCACAAUACCUGCGAAAACUCAGGCGUUUUUUAAUGCGUAGGUGAAUUCUAUUCCAAGGCUUUGUAUGAGCAACAUCCAUUUCCGACAUGAAAAAUGUUCAUAGAAUUCGCAAUGAACGUUUUUAAUUAUAAAAUGAUUUUGAGCUUUAUUCUAAUAUAUAAAAGGCAUUACUGCUAUAGGGGGCAAAACCCGGUCUAAGUAACUCAAACUGUUGCUUUCGAGCUACACAGUUUGUCGAUCAACUUUUGGGUCUCCUAGACAGUUAUUUGGGGAAUAUUAUACUGGACUGCAUACUGGGCUACAAAAUUAUCAAUCUUCAUUAGCUUCUUAUGAUCUCUUAUAGCCGAAAUUUGGCUGCUGGAGUUAACCCAUUACUUCAACGUAACUCUUUGACAAUAUUCACAAAGAAAUCAUGUAGCAUUAUUGACCAAAGCUUACGGCGUACGUAUUUGACGUAUCUGUUUCAGUCGUGCCAUUUCCCUCUUUACUCGCUGAUAUCAGGUGUGAUAUUGUUUGACGUUCGAGCCUUAGUAAGAGUACGUGAUUUUCACUCUUUCGAAACUCGUUGACUGAUUUACGGUCAUCAGUGUCCUUUCCGUGCAGCAGAAUAAUCUAGAUCGGUUUGUUUAAAAUAGCCAUUCUUUGUUUAUUAUUUGUUACUUAUCAUCUGUUCGGAUUUCCUAGCUGAAAGUCUAGUGAUCCAAAAUUAUCGGAAUCAAAACUUGCCUUUUCGAAAAUUUCAGACAGAAAAAAGCCUCCUGAAAGUUCUAGGUGACCUUUUUAGCGUAAAAAUCCGUUAAAAAAUGGGUAAUUAAACCAUGUUGUAGAUGUUCGAAAAUCCUAGGAGAGGUGGGAAAGGAAGAAAUUUCACAACAAAUGUUCCGAAAUCUAGGUCUCUAAUCGCCUUCCGAACAGAUAUUUUCCGAAAAUUGACGUUGGGUGCCCCUGUGUAAUGGCUAAACAAUAACAUUAAAGGUCCUCCCAAGCAGCAACUAAAAAAAUUGGCAACCCCCUUCUUACCUUCAGAAAUUUUUUUCAUUCCCCUUAUUUCUUCCAAAACAUUUUAAGAUCCCCCCUCAAUUUCCUCUGACUCCCCCGUGGUAUACAUAAUAAAUGUAGCCUAAAUUGCGCCAUAAAAAGAACCUCUACCUCUUGAUUGAGGUCUUCGAAGC